AUGAUAAAAGAUUUUAACGAAUCAAACAUAAGAAAUAUAAGAUCGUCAGGCAUUAGCACCAAAAAGUUAGAAGACUUUUUUUCUAUUAACCAAUAUCCAAAUAAAAAUGAAAUAAAAGAUUUUGCAAAUUACUACCAAUGUGAUGAAACCAAAAUAAAAAAUUGGUUCAAAGGAAAGAGAGACCGUUUAAAAAAAAAGUCAUCAAAUAAUGAAAAGAGUGGAAAUAAGUUUUAUUUUAAAUGA